GAGGGAAAAUACCAAUAAUUUAUUCUUGAAAAGGAACUCGAUUCUCUUCAUUCCUUUAUUCUUCCCUCUUCACAAAAAAUCGCAUUUCUCAAAGCAAAGUGCAUUUCUUCUCCAUUUCUCUCGCCGUUGAUCAUCAACCUGAAAACGCCGUCGUUUCGAUCUUCUCAUUGUUUUUCCGCAACGCUACGCCUGAAUCUCUUCCUCCUCUACAAUCGAAGGUUGUAUUUGAUGAAGGAUGCACAAAUAUGCGGUAGAGAGUGGCAUCUGAUCAUUCUUUUUGUUAAGAUAUAAAAAACGCGCAUCUCUCCGGUAUCUUGGACUAUAAAAGAAUUCAGUCCCUUUUUUGCCAAUCAUGGACAGACGCAGGAGCACCAACCGGCCAGUAGCGUUGUCUUCCCCUUCUGUUACUGGCACCACCACCAUAACAAUUGAAAGCUCAGUUCCAUCAUCCUCUUCAUCUCAGCAGGAACAACAGCAACCUGAAGUCCUUUUUCUCCCGCUCAAUCGCAAGAAGAAGAAGGUCUCGUGGAAAGACGGUACUGUGGACAAUGAGUUCAUGCAGAAAAAGAGUUCCAAGAAGUGUUGUAUCUUUCAUAAAGAAAAGCCUUUUGAUGAAGAUGAUAGCGAUGAAGAUGAUGUACCACACGACUCUGACAAACAUCCCCAUGAUCAUAGUGACAAUGGAUUUUGUUGCAAGAAUCACGACGAAGCUGGCCCAAGCAGUUAGUUAGGGUUUUGAUUGAUCAGAGUGGUGAUUACUGAUUACUGAACCACAUAAGCCUGAUAUUUUGUUGUGUAAAUGUUUCUAGCACUCAUUCAACUUAAGUUGAUUAGUAAAAGGAAUUGUUUAUAUUUUGUUGCAAGAUAAAAUCACGACAUCAUAAUUAGAGUUGUGCUUAGUUUAAA